CGAUUAUCCGAAGAGCUGACUGGCGUUUCGCAGCUGUUGAUUUGUAGUCUUGUGUUUUGUGCUUGUGACGCCGUUCCAGCGAAGGAAUGUUUCGAAUAAGUUGACAUUUUUAGAGAGAGUGGAAGUGUUAUAUUUAUUUAAUUGGAAGACAUUUUGCCGAAUCCAGCAUGUGAAGAACAGGGACCUGUACCUUGUUGACAGACGGCGCCCAGGGACAGGAGUGUAAUAUCGCUCCCAGUCACUUCGUCUCUUCGCUUCUCGCACUUUAACGCGAAGUAUAGGCUUGCACCUGCGACAGCGAUGAGGGCAGCGCUGGCCAACCAGACGGAACGACUGAACGGGAGAGUGAAGAUGUUCGUCACGAAGGAGAGCGGUGGUUGGCGGAAGAUGAAGGCGUUCCUGAAAUGUCACAUGACUAUGUCGUGGGCACCCAGGCUGAGGUCGCUAUCGAGCAAGUCAUGCAAGGUUCGUAUGGAGGUCGUGGAGGACUGGAGUAGAACUACGAUACUGGCAGAGUAUGAAGUGUACAGAAAAAUCACCGCCACGAAGAGGAAUAUGGUGAUGAUGCGGCCGGAAAGUCCUUUUGCUUCCAUCGUCGAGCCUAAAGAUUGCAGUUCUGAGGAUCAUGGAUGUAACAAACAGCUCGAUGGAAGAUGUUGGGAUGGCCCUGCGGAGAUUCGGACUGGCCGACUACUCUGUGUUUGUUUCAAUGCUUCUGAUUUGUGCCGUAAUUGGAGUUUAUUAUGGGUUCUGUGCUGGAAAAGUGUCUGAAGCAGAAUAUCUGAUGGGUGGACGUAAUAUGCAGACGUUUCCAGUGGCUCUUUCACUGAUUGCUAGUUUCAUCUCUGGCAUUACGCUACUGGGGACUCCCACAGAGAUUUAUGUCUACGGGAUACAAUAUGUUUAUAUAGCAGGGGGCGUCAUUGCGAUGGGGGUGAUAAUGGGCUCUGCCUAUCUUCCAGUGUUUCACAGUCUCCAGUUAAUAUCUACAUAUGAGUACCUGGAGAGGAGGUUCAACAAACAUGUUCGUCUCUUCGGUUCUUUCUUGUUCUCUCUUGGACUUGUAACAUGGCUACCAAUUGUAAUAUAUGUUCCUGCACUGGCAUUUAAUCAGGUUACUGGAAUCAAUGUGCAUGUAAUUACGCCUGCUGUCUGUAUUGUCUGCAUCUUCUAUACAUGUGUGGGUGGUCUCAAGGCUGUUGUUUGGACAGAUGUAAUUCAGACAUUGAUCAUGUUUGGAGCAAUGGUUUUGAUCAUUAUUAAGGGGACCAUUGAUGUGGGUGGUUUCAGUGUUGUCUGGGAACGGAACUAUGACAGCGGCCGCAUUGAAGCUCCAAUCUGGGACCUGAACCCUGUAACUCGCCACACUGUAUGGGUGUUGGUGAUUGGAGGAUUUGUACACUGGCUGCAGGGUAGUGCAAUGAAUCAGUAUCAGUUACAGCGGUACCUGGCUCUACCAACACUUGAAAAGGCCAAGAACCUAAGCUUGGAUCCAAACAUUCGCCAUUCCCUGUUCACUGUGAUGUGUGGAGGUGGAUUCUUCUGGCUGCAGUUAAGUGCUGUGAAUCAGAAUAUGCUUCAGCGCUACCUCACCCUGCCCACAUUGCAUGCUGCCAGAAUUGCUCUUUGUGUGUUCGUUGUGGGGGCAUUAGGCCUUAUUCUGUUAUGCAGUUACAGUGGAAUGCUGAUAUUUGCUACCUAUUAUAAGUGUGAUCCUCUCACUACAAAGUUAGCAGCAGCAAAGGAUCAGCUACUCCCAUUGUUGGUGAUGGAUACUCUUAAGGACCUCCCGGGUCUUCCAGGACUGUUUGUGGCUGGUGUAUUCAGUGCUGCUCUCAGCUCUAUGUCAACUGGCCUCAAUUCCAUGGCAGCUGUUGUUCUGGAAGACUUUUAUAAAGCCUGGUUUACCCAUAGGCUAUCUCCACGACAGACUGACAUUCUGUUGAAGACUGUUGUUGUGGUGGUGGGGUCUGUGUGUGUUGCACUUGUUUUUGUUGUGGAGAGACUGGGAGGUGUUUUGCAGAUGUCCAUGAGUUUAAGUGGUAUUACCCAUGGUGCCUCUCUUGGAAUUUUCAGCAUGGGGCUUUUCUUACCAUGGGUUAAUUCUAAAGGUGCAAUGGUUGGUGGAGUGGCUUGUCUGGGUUUCAUGUCCUGGGUAUGCCUAGGAACUCAGGCGGCUAUCGCCUCAGGUGACAUCAGUUUUGAGACAAAACCUGUCUCAGUUGAAGGCUGCACCUAUAGUUUUGUCACACCUCCAACUCCAGCAAUUAACUCUACUGUGGAACAACACAAAGAUGAAGUCUUUGUCCUGUAUCGGAUGUCCUACCUGUGGUACACAUUACUGGGGGCUGUUGUGUCGAUGGCCGUGGCACUUGUCACAAGUUUAUUUACAAAUCCAACUGACCCUGCUUCUCUGGAUCCCAUGCUUCUUAGUCCUGUAAUUCGUCGAUUCCUACCAAAAAAGGGCGUGAAGCAACAGGAUGUUGACAUGGCCCUUCUCAGUGGCUGUAAGCCUUGAUCGCCAUACAAAGUAACAAACAAGAAUUCUCCUGAUCAUUUUUUACUUGCUUCAAAAUAUUGCUCUCCCUGUGUUGUUUCUUCACAAACUUGUAAUUCCGAAAGAUCUUUAGAAUGAUGAAUGAACACUGUAAAGUCAAGACGACACAGGGAUUACUGCAUAAUAUCUACGAACUCUAGGGGUUUUAAUGGGGGUGGGGGAGGGAGUUUAAACAAAACGUUUUAGAUGAUUUUCAUAUUUACCCUAUACUGGACUUAUAAAUAAACCUUUAUUACUCCUUAUAGUUAGCAGUGAGAUAGGCGAAUUUGUUUGAAAGUUUAUUAAUAUGACGUAUAUUUAAUUGUAUAAGGAGAUAAAGCUACAUUUUCUUCAACAGUAGACUAUCAUUUUUAUGUCAGCAAGGUUUUAGUACACAUUUAUUUCACAGAAGUGCAGCACAAAAUGAACAUGUAAAAGUUAAGAAUUUUAACAUUCUUACUUCAUCUCCAUUGCUUGCUAGAAAUUAACCUAUUUCUGAUAAC